UGUAAGGCCAGGUGUUAACAACGUCCCUGCUGAGGCCCUCCAGGUGUGGCACAGGUGACCCAAGUGUGUUCCAGAUGUCCUGUACCUGAGGGGUCACCCCAGAGCCUGUGGACAUGACACGGUAUCAGGGUUAGAAUUACGUGACAGUCCACAAUCCCAAACUAAGGGGAGAGAUAGGCACCAUUUAGCUUGACAGUUGGUGAUGAUAUAGUGAUGACAAUGAUGAUGAUGUGGUGGUGUUGUGGCCACAGACAUGCCUUCUGAGGUGGUGCUGAAGCUUUUCGGGGAGUACUUCUUCAGCUUCUGUAAGAUGGCGGGGUACGACACCAUGCUGCGUACGCUAGGGGGGAACCUGGAUGCCCUUCACAGCUACCUGGCUCUCUCCUACCAGGAGAUGAACGCUCCCUCGUUCCGUGUGGAGAAGAACGAUGAUGGAAGGAUGUUGCUUCAUUACUACUCGGACAGGAAAGGCCUAUAUCACAUUGUGCCAGGUACGGUAAUCAUCCAUACCUAAAGUGUACCUUUAAUCUAAGGAGGUUAUCUCUUUUCUCUCUGUGCAGGCAUCAUUGAGGCGGUGGCCAAAGACUUCUUUGACAGCGAAGUGAGCAUGACCAUCCCUAACCAAUCAGAGGAGGACGAGCGCACAGGGAAGAAAGAACAUGUGGUCUUCCUGGUCUCUCAGAGGAGCCGAGGGUCAAAGAGGGAUUUCCGGCCCCAAAGAGAGAUCAAGGAGAUUCGGGUGGGUCUGCACACAGGUCCAGUGCUGGCUGGUGUGGUAGGGGACAAGAUGCCUCGAUACUGCCUGUUUGGAGAUACGGUCAACACUGCCUCCCGCAUGGAGAGUCACGGAGUGCCUGACCACAUACACCUCAUACACUUCACAUACAGUGCGCUGGAAGAUAAGGGCUUUGACAUCCUGGAAAGAGGAGAGAUCCAGGUGAAGAGGAAAGGCCUGAUGACCACCUACUUCCUGCUGCAGAACCUGUGUGUGUCUGAGGACACCAUCAUGGCCAGAGGGACAGGAGAGCCCUGCGUGUACAGAGACAACCAGCUUUUCAUUUUCCAACUCCCUGUGGCCCUUUUCGCUGACUAAAGUAAACAGUUAACAGUUGGGAAAAAAAGGUCAUGUGGUGUGUGUGUAUGUUGGGAAAGUGGCUGUCAUUAACAUUUAAUUACCACAAAUACCAGCGAUAGCACAACAAUUGACGCGUGAGUGGGAGAGGUGGAGACUCUUGUGACUUAAGCGCACCUAGGUGCAAUCGCGCUACAGGCAGCGACACAGAGAGGGGCCCUAAUGGAGACAGCAACGUUGCAGUACUGUCCCAUGGAGCACCAAACAGAAGCACUGAAGUUGCUACAGAAUGUACGCUCUCACCAAAUAGCGAUCAGUAGGCCCAGUAAACUUGGACUAGAAAAACAAGUGACAACCAACCAAGAUUCGUCAGCAGCGGCCCGCACAAUAGCAGAAAAGGCGCGUGAAAGUGUCAUUACGCAGCUAAUCGAUAUUCUAACCCAAAUACUCACAUUCGACGAAGAAAUCAGUCAUAGUUCGUUUCAGGAUCUGAGGAUAUUUCGGCUCCUAAAGUGAGUGUUUUAUCCCUGAUAUGAAGUUCUAAUUUCUUGGUGAGUGAUGGUGUGCAUCUGCUGGUUUUCAUAAUUUGACAAAAAUGUUUGAUAUCUUUCUAUUUGGUUGAUAGGCUAGAGAUUAGAAUAAACAUGAUACAAAACAAUAUUGUAUGGUAUAUGGACAUCAACAUAUUUUGUAUAUGUUUUUAAAAAACACUUCAUUUGUUAUGACUGACUCAUGUUGGCUCGACCUAAAAGCUUACCGUACGCUUCCCAGUCGAAACAGUUCAUGGAUAUAUUAUGAAGACGUUUUUGUGACGUUUUGGUCUUUUUUUUCGUGAAGGGUAUAAUUGCAGACCGCAAUUAGAGGCGUUUUCUGAUAUAGGUGUGUCUUGAUAUCAAGUUACACCAAUUGAUGCUAGCCAUUGGUCUGUGGGCGUUUAUUUUAUGUUGGGACAACAGUUGUUGACAACUGUAGCAUUGUAGCUAACCCUUUUCCUAACUUUAACCGUUAAUUAUCCUAACCUGACACGUACGUUAUCCUAACCUUUAUUUGUUGUAUUGUAAAGCAAUUCAAAAUGUAAAAUAUAAAAAGAACAAACAAAGAGUAU